GUUCAUUUUCAUCACACAAGUAACGUUCGACAUCGAAUAUCCCUCCCUCCAUCCAAAUGCUCCCCUUCUCUAACACCUCAAGAUUCUCACCACCUUUCUCAUCGAAACACUCUCGCUCUUUCUUCUCUCCUCUGUCUCGCGCUCUCACGCAAUGGAGGGAGACAUGCCACCGAUAGUAAACAUCGUCCCUUGGAUGGAAGGGAAGGUUGAAGACGAAGCCUCUUGGACCAGAACUAACAACGACGGUGAACUCAAGGACGACGACAUUGUUUUGGGUGGCCCUCUAACCUCCUUCAAAUCCAUGCUCGAAGGUGACUGGUUCAUGAACUCCGCUAUCAAUUUAGCUCACCAAGACCUCCUCAGCCUCCCGAAUCCCCAAGAAAACACUGAUAUCGUCCUUUGUUCAAACCCAGCUCAUAGUUUUUUAGUACAGCCAGUGGAUUCGUCGUCUUCCUGUUCACCAUCAUUCACUCUUGACCCAUCGCAGUCACAGCACUUUUUACAGCCGAAAUCUUGUUUCCCUUCCAUCCUCAAUGUCAUUUGCGACAACCCUUUUGACAAUGGCUUCGAUUUGAGCUCUGACGGUGGGUUCCUUGGUCCGUUCCGGGGAAUUCAUUCUUCGAAUUCCCCUGUUUUGUCGGAUUUCUCGGGCUUGGAUACUCAUUCCCAGAUGGGCAGUCACGAACUGAGCUCAAACUCUGAGUUUCUAGCUACUCGGCUGCUGCCAGCAGCUGACAAUGCCGUCUCGUUAGGUGGCGGAUUUUGUCCGGCGGGUUUAGGAGGGUUUGAUAAUCCGGGAGGUGCUCUGUUGUUGAACCGGUCUAAGGUUUUGCGACCUCUUGAAGUUUCCCCUCCAGUGGGUGCGGCACCGACUCUCUUUCAGAAGCGAGCAGCGCUCCGCAAUAGUUCACAUGGAAUUGAUAGAUUGGGAACUUUGGAGAUUUCAGCGUCGAGAUUUGAAAAUUAUUCAACAAGGUUGGAGAACAUGGAGAGGAAGAGAAAGGGAGUCGUAGAAGAGGAAGCUGCCAUCGACGCAUCAGGGCUGAACUAUGAUUCUGAUGAGCUUAAUGAGAAUGGUAAAAUAGAGGUGGAUGCUUAUAAUGUGGGGAGCAACUAUAAUGCCAAUAGUUCUGUCAGUGGUGGAGACCAGAAGGGGAAGAAAAAAGGGCAACCAGCCAAAAAUCUGAUGGCUGAAAGGCGGCGAAGAAAGAAACUAAAUGAUAGGUUGUACAUGCUGAGAUCAGUUGUGCCGAAGAUUAGCAAGAUGGAUAGGGCUUCGAUACUCGGGGAUGCGAUUGACUACUUGAAGGAGCUGCUGCAGCGGAUUAAUAAUCUUCACAACGAGCUGGAGUCAACUCCGCCUGGCUCAUUGCCACCAUCUUCUACAAGCUUUCACCCUUUGACACCCACUCCACCAACACUCCCCUGUCGGAUCAAGGAAGAGCUUUGCCCUAGCUCCUUGCCAAGUCCCAAAAACCAAGCUGCAAGGGUGGAGGUUCGAGUGAGGGAAGGGAGAGCUGUCAACAUCCAUAUGUUUUGUGCCCGCAGGCCAGGUCUUCUGCUUUCCACCAUGAAGGCUUUGGACAACCUUGGUCUAGAUGUGCAGCAGGCCGUUAUAAGCUGUUUCAAUGGCUUUGCUUUAGACGUGUUCAGAGCUGAGCAUUGCAGAGAAGGGCUUGACGUGGUCCCUGAGCAAAUCAAAGCAGUUCUGUUGGAUUCAGCCGGUUUCCAUGGUAUGAUAUGAGCGAAGUAUUUGACAAAUGCUGCUACUACUACCAGCAGAAGCACUAACUGUAGUUAGUAGUCAGUGAUUAGAAGUUACCGUACCUCAAACAGUUAGUUUGUAAAUGUGAUUGCUUCACAUGGCCAUGGAAAGGCAUGUCUAGGUCAAUAUCAACUAGGUUAGCCGACAUCUUUAGGCUAAGGACUGACCCCUGGUAUUUUUCUCAGCCAACUUUACUGCCAGAGCAGACUAAUGUUGCUAUCUUGAAUUAUGGAAUAAAAGAUUCUUACUUAUUUUCAAUUUA